UCCUGAGGCUGAAACUCUAUCUAUCCUUCUCACCAGAUCUCAUCGCUACGAUUCUUCUGUUGGAAUCAUCGUCUCUCGUAAAUCUCUGUUGCUCGAUCGAUAAUAGUUUUAUCUUGCAUCUCAAAUGGCAAACCGAGUUCCAAUCCCUAAUAACAACUCCGCACUCAUUGCUAUGAUUGCUGAUGAGGACACAAUAACUGGAUUUUUACUUGCUGGAGUUGGCAAUGUUGACUUGAGGAGGAAAACAAAUUACCUGAUUGUGGAUUCAAAGACGACGGUCAAACAAAUUGAGGAUGCUUUCAAAGAAUUCACCGCAAGAGAGGACGUAGCAAUAGUCUUGAUCAGUCAAUAUGUCGCCAAUAUGAUAAGGUUCCUAGUCGAUAGCUACAACAAACCAGUUCCAGCUAUUUUGGAGAUCCCGUCAAAGGACCAUCCAUAUGACCCCGCACAUGAUUCUGUUCUAUCGCGUGUCAAGUACCUCUUCUCUACUGAAUCCGUUGCCUCUGAUAGGCGUUAGAAUCAAUAAAUCUUUAUCAAAAAUCACUUUUCUUCUCGAGUUUAUGGUUAUCUCGACAUAAUUAUAAGCAUUAUGGGUGUAUUUUGUAUCAAAUGUGUGACGAUAAAAUGGUGAAAAGAUCGGACUCGGUUGAUCACACAUGGAACCCUCUCAAUAAUAGGUUCGGACCUAACGAGUCUCGGCCCCUCAUCGAUUCUUAUAUUUGACGUACAUUUGUUGGUGUUUGU